AACAGUUUCUAAAGUGGCUUCGAAAAUGAAGCUCACAAUAGCAGUACUCGUUUUCUGCAAUUUCUUCCUAGCAUCUCAAGCUGAUGAAUACGCAUCAGAUGUUUACGUCCAAUCUGUUCAACCUAAAUACGGUGGUACUAAUGGAGGCGUUAAGUUGACGAUUCAUGGAAAAAAGUUUGCUGCUGAUCUCUUUAGCUUGGAACCUGGUUCCGAGAGUAAAAAACUGCAAGUAAAACUUAUUUCUGAAACGUCGAUAGCUGAUUGCGACAUACAUCAGAAUGACUGCAGCCCUGAGCAGAUCGUUUGUUAUACUAAACCUAUGUUACAAGGUACUUAUCAUGUACGAGUAACGAUGAACGGAAAGAAAAUUCCUUUGACAAACUAUUGCCGAAACCAACCUAAGAGCUAUGCAUGCAGUCAUCACGUGAGAGACAAUAACACUCCAAAAAUUAAAAAAAUUGUCAAGCAAUCUGGUCCACCUAAAUCAAUAGUUGAGAUUUGGGGUAAAAUCUUUACUGUCCGUUACGGUAGUAACAUCCUAUCGGCCAACGCUACAAACAAUCGACUAAACAUCAUUCUCAGAUAUUACUUUGGUUCUCAAAACUGCGAACUUUUAAAGAAUCCAAGCAGAAAUGAACCUUAUAAAAUGAUACUUGACGGUAAAGAUGGUGAGAAAGAAACGGGAACUAUCGCAUGUAAACUACAAGGUUCAUAUGUUGGUAAUUUAAACGGUAGUCUAUUAAUUGAUGGAGAUCUUGGAAAAUCGGCAACCGACGUUAGCCUAUUCAGAGUGAGCCGUAAAGGAAAAAUAUAUUUAUUUCAAACGUAUGCUGAAAUUGAAUCUGUAAGUCCUACACAAGGAGGAACUGAAGGCGGAAGUCUUGUUAAAGUUAAAGGAAGAUUCUUUGACGAAACUGAUUCUAAAGCAACAGUUACUGUUGGAGGUGAAAAGGCUAAAGUUUUAAAAGUGGAAGAUAAUGAAAUUACCCUUCUAACACCUGCCGCUCCUGCAAGUGCAAGCGGAUAUUCGGGAAAUCGUGGUAUUAAUAUCGAAAGUUGGACUACAACAAAGACUUUUGCUAAUAUUGACGAUAUCAGGUCGAUGACCUCAAGUGAUCCUGGUUACAAAAGUGAGUGGUUAGACGAAACUAAUUGGGUUUCGGAAGAUGAUCAACCUAAAAGCUUCAGAUCAAGAAUGUAUUAUGUAGCACCAAAAAAUUCAACUUAUCAAUUUGCUAUCAAAAGCAAGGGCGUUGCCAAGUUAUACUUUAGUGAAAAUGGAGAAGUUUCUUCUUUAACAAAAAUUGCUGAGGCUACGAAACAUUCAGAAAAUUUCAAAUCGGAAGCAACACAAAUUUCCGAAAUUAAAACUUUAAUAGCUGGAAACACUUAUUUACUUGAAUGGAUUCAUUCAGGUAAAGGAUCUCUUCUGGGAGUUUUCCAAUUUAAGUCUGACUUAAACUCUGCUCAAACUGGAGUUGCAGUUGAUGAUGUACAGCAAAUUGAAAGUAAAACAGAUACUCUACCUGAAAUUCAAACUUUAGAUAUCACAAAUUUACCAAAAGCGAAAAAUGGAAAGAACGAAGUUCAAAAAAUUAAAAUUACAUCUACCAAUCCUGAUACUAAAUUCACUUUGACCUUCAAUGAAAUAAAAACACCGAUACUUCCCAUUUCUAUCGAUUAUCAGCAAAUGACCGAAGUUCUUAACGGUCUACCUACAAUCCGACCGGGAAAAGUUUCUGUAAAAAGAAAAGAAAAGGGUUCUCAAAUUGAAUUCGAAGUAAAAUUCUUAGAUAAUAUCGGGGAACGAGAGUUAAUUAAGAUUGAAAUUCCACCUGAAUUCUCUGGUUCAUCUGGUACUGUAACUAGAAGUCAAACUGGAACUCCAUCAUAUUCCAAAUUUGCUUUAAAAUAUUCGCAAUCUCUUUCGGGACCAACCACCAAUAAUCCCGUCGAGAUACAUAAAAGUCUUUCGGAAUUAUUCGGUAUCCGAUGUCAUGGUUCCAUGGUAAACCCAAUUUAUCAACACGCUGUUGCGCUUGACUACGAGGAUGGUGGAAAAUACAAAGGUACAUUGGACUCGGAUGAAGAACCUUUCUGUGGAAAAACCUCUUUGAAAAAUCCUGGAGCACUAUUUCAAACGACGAAACCAAUUAAUUUAAAGGACAACAGAUAUCUAUGCUUAGCUUAUAGAGGCCAAUUUCACGACUCUAUCAGAAUCAGAUACAAGUAUUACUCAUUUGGAAUGAAAACUCUGUCCAAUAUGACAGCCUCAUAUCUAGUUUUGAAAACCCCUAAUCAUAAUAACAGAAAGUGGCAUUAUGAAUGUUUUGAUAUGCAAAAACAAAUUGAAAUUGAUAGAAAAUCAACCGAAAUUGUAAGAAUAAUGCUUUAUGAUGUGUAUUUAUGGAGAUCUAUCACUGGAACUAAAGACAAUUUUGUUGAUGCUUUAUAUAUUGGCUCAGAUAAUAUCAUUAAUCGUUUACCAAAUGUGGCCGAUGUCAGAAAAGUUCCAGAUUUAAGAGCAAAAGAUCUAAAAGUUGAAAAAACUUCAAAUGGAAUUUACAAAAUAUCUUUUCUUACUUGGGACUGCGUUUCCGGUUUGGACAAAUUAGAAGUUUACAACGUUCAAUCAUCGGAUUUUAGCGUAACUCAAGAUCAAGCUAUUUCUAGAGGAGUCCGAGGAGCCUACGAUGUAAGUUUAGAAGGCAAAACCAUUAAUCUUAAUAUAAACAUGGAAGAUGACGAAGUUAAGGAUGCAUUCGAAGAAUUCGAUGAAUUUGGCUCUGUAUCAGUUAAAAGAUAUGGUGGCUGUUAUGAUAGAAAAUGGAAAAUUCGCUUUUUAACUAAACCAGGUGACGUUCCUGAUAUUACAAUAGCAGAUAAAUCAGGAAUAUCAGGAAACGGGGCUGAUGUCUCCAUUGUAUCGUUAGAAAAUGGUGCCAUGCUAUAUGCACCUGUCCCUGGUGAUAUGGUUUCAACUUUUCAUGUAAAACCUCAAAUUGCUGUCGAGAUAAAUAAUAUACCUGUAAGAUGUUUAGGAGAUUGCAGUUUUCAAUACAAAUCUGACCUUGUUCCUACGAUAACUGAUAUUCAACCCAAGACUGGAUCUGUUGGAACACAAAUAACAUUGACCGGAACAGGUUUUGACUCAACUACUAUAGCUAAGAACAAAUUUUCUGUUGGAGAUAGUGACUGUACUGUCUCAUCUGCUACUGCAACCGAAAUAAAAUGUACAUUAGGCGCCGAGGUCAGUGGAGAUUUAGAAAUGAGUUUCUACGUUGAAGGAAAGGGUCGAGCAAAAUUUGAUUUGGGAACUUUCACUUACACACCAGUUAUAACUAGCUUUGACCCAACAUCAUCUAACGCGGGAGGUAACAGUAAAUUGACAAUUAAUGGUGCUGGAUUUUCUAAGGGAAUCACAAUUACAAUUGGAAGUAAUAAAUGCCGAAUCAUUAACUUGGAAAUUAACAAGAUUGUAUGUAUUGUGCCUCCAAGUGGUGGAAGUACAACAGCAGUUGUAAAAGCAACAAAAGAUAGUAAUGACUACACAGCUCCAUCCGAUUUUACUUAUUCUGCUGUUGGAUCUGUAUCAAUUGCUGCAAUUGAUAAAACAGAAGUAACCGUAUUUGGCGGCGAAGAAAUUGUAAUCACUGGUACUGGUUUUGGAGAGUUAGAUUAUCCUAAGACUAAAGUGACAAUUGGGGACCGACCUGCCCUUGUAGAAAGUUGGGAAAAUGAUAAAAUUAUAAUUACAACUCCUAAAUUAGCAGCUGGCGAACACGAUGUUAAUGUACAUAUUCCAAGUUAUGGUGUUGCAACUGAUUCAUCGGGAAAUGUGAUGAAAGUGAAAGCUGUACUGGAAAUAAGUGGGUUAUCCCCGAAGGAAAUGUCUCUUUUUGGAGGAGCUACGCUAACCUUAACAGGAAAUGGCUUUGGAACUGAAGUUAAUGCUAUUAAGAUUAGAGCAGGAAAUGUUAUUUGUAAACCUAUAUCUGUUACUGACACAGAAAUAUUGUGUGAGAUGGGUUGGGCUGGAAAAACCACCUAUAUUUCGAAUAAAGGUUCAAUUGAAAGUUUAGGAAAGGGCUAUGCUUGGGAAAAGAAGACAACCGAAGUUGAAUUGGGAGAUAACGUUAUAUGGAACUGGGAAUCUCCAAGUGAAAAACUAAAAUUUACCGUUUACGAGACAGAUUCCAUCAAGUCUUUGACACCAAAAACUGAUGGAUUUGCCUAUAGUGGUCCGAGAUCUGAAAAAGGAUCGUUCAAACUCGCAACAAGUACUGUUGGAGAAUUUACCUAUUCAUCUGGCUACAUAGAUGAAUCAAAAUCUAUAAAACUACAAGGAAAAUUAAUUGUAAAAAAGGAACAAGAAUCUUUGUUGAGAGAUUUGGAAGUUUCAGUUAACGGCGUGAAGCCCCAAAUAGCUAGUGGAUCUCUAAGGAAAAAGAGAUCUACAACAUGUUCACCAGUUCAAGUUCCUGGCUGUACUGCUGCUAAACCAGCAACAGCAGGUCUUCAAGUAGGUUUUUGGUCCUGCUUAUCAUCGACUGUCACAGAAGUCUCUCCAAAUGAAGGAAGUCUGAGCAGCGAAAUUACAAUAACAGGUACUGGCUUUUCUGCAAAUAAAGAAUGCGUGGAAGUUUUAAUUGGUGGUCAAAAAGCAAUAAUUGUCAGUUCAUCCUCAACCCAAAUUGUUUUUAAAAUCGAUCCUGCCGUACCAAUAAAAACUGAAAUACUACAUGAAGUUCAAGUAGUUGUGAAAGGAAACGGUUUCGCUACAAAUCGGGUUGUCAAAGACUCUUCUCGGUAUUUCAAGCUAAUUCCCAAUAUUGAUUCCAUUAGUCCCACCAUGGGGUCAUUAAUAGGAGGUACUGAAGUAACUAUAAAUGGAGGAGGCUUUGUUAAAGAUAACUUGAAAGUUAAAAUUGGAACUGACAACUGUUCACCGCUGAAGCAUACCUUCUCCACAAUUGUCUGUGUGACAGAACCAAGUCUGUCAGAGAAAACUGUAACUGUUGAUAUUAAAUUGAACGGAAAAUCUCUCUCCUGUACUGAUUGUGACUAUCAAUACAAAGACUCAUCAACACCGGCAGUAACAUCCGUUACUCCUUUGACUAUCUCUAGUGAAACAGAGAUUGAAAUAGUUGGAAAUAAUUUAGGUUCUGAUGCUGAUUUACUUGAAAUAUUAGUUGGAGAUGUAAAGUGCUCAGAUCCAACCUACUCUGGACCCAAUAUUAAAUGCUCUCUACCUUAUGCAAAUAUUGGUAAAAAUUCACUGAAAGUUUUUAUUAAGGGAACUGGUAGAGCAACCGUACCAUCAUCGAUUUCACUUACAGGAGUUGGUGGUGUUACAGGUAUAAAUCCAGCUGAAGGUAGUUCUGCUGGUGGCUUGUUAGUUACAGUUUCAGGAAAUGGUUUUACUUCUACCGAUAAAGUUUUUAUUGCAAAUAAGGAAUGCAAGAUUACUAGUAUCAGUCCAGGACAAAUAAUUUGUAAAACUCCUUCAGGAUCUGGAACUGCACAAGUUAAAAUUACUUAUGGUGGUAAAACAGAUGAAUCAAAAUCCUUUGUCUAUAAACCAUCUGUUACACCACAAAUCACGGGUGUUGAUUUGACAACAGGUCUAGCUGGGGACAAAUUGACCAUUACUGGAACAAAUUUCGGCAAUACUGCUGACAAAAAUAAGGUGUUUGUUGGACAACCUUGUGACAUUGAAACUGCUUCAUCAACAAGCAUAGUUUGUACUAUCGAUGAAUCCGAAGCUGGACAAUACGAUGUUGUAGUAAAAGUUGAGCGAAUUGGUGACGCUUCCGGCUCUUUUAAAUUCGACUACCAGUUGACUGUGGCGAGUAUCACUAGUUCAACAGGUAGUUUGGAGGGAGGCCAAGCCGUGACAAUAACAGGAAAUGGUUUUAGUAAAAAGUCAAGUGUCAAUAUUUGCGGUGAAUGUAAAGUGACCAAAGCCACAUCCACUUCUGUUGAAUGUACAACUCCUGCAGUUAGUGGUUCUACAGAAAAAGUUUGCGAUGUAGUUGUAACAACAAAUAGUGUAACUGCAACUAAAUCUGCAGCUUUUACCUACUCAAAUGCAAAUACUCCAACUAUAACAUCAGUCAGCCCUCUUCAAGGAGGAUCUGCUGGAGGAACUAUGGUUGCUAUCAAAGGAUCUGGUUUUGGUAAUGAUAAAUCAAAUAUCCAUGUAACUAACUGUCUGGUUAAAACUGUUCAAGAUAAAUUGAUAACCUGUCGAACAGUGGCUAAAUCAACAAAUGAUCAAUUCCCUUUAAAUGUACAUAUAAAAAGUAAAGGAACUGCCAAAGGAACAUUCAACUUUGCAUAUAAGGAUGUUUGGUCCUCUUUGAACACGUGGGGUGGAGAUUUGGAUAAAGUACCUAAAGCUGGAGAUUUUGUCAUAAUUGAAAAAGGACAAACUAUGUAUCUGGAUACAGAUACUCCAGUCCUUAAAAUGCUUUUGAUAAAAGGUGGAAAAUUAAUAUUUGAAGAUAGUAAUGACAUGGCACUACGAGCUGAAAAUAUUCUAAUUCUUGAUGGAGGUCUCCUACAAAUCGGAACUGAGGACGAACCAUUUAAACAUGUGGGUGUCAUUGAACUUUAUGGCCACCUACGAGCUCUUGAAUUACCCGUCUAUGGAGCUAAGACUCUAGCUGUUAGAAAUGGUACCUUAGAUUUACAUGGUCAACCAGUGAAGUCGUGGACUCAGUUAGAUGGUACUGUAGAAGCUGGUGAUAAGAUUAUUACGUUAACUCAUCCUGUUAACUGGAAGAAUGGUGAUAAAAUUGUAAUUGCAUCGACUGGCGGUCACUUAUCUCAAAACGAAAAUGAGGAGCAUCAAAUCAAAUCAAUCUCCUCCAAUGGAAAAACUAUUACUUUAGAAGAAUCUAUUAAGUAUAGACAUUUGGGAAUAACUCAAACCUUUCAAGGUGGAGUCAAACUAGAGACGAGAGCAGAGGUUGGCCUAUUGUCCAGAAAUGUUAUUGUUAGAGGUAGUAAUGAUCCCCAAUGGAAUCAGCGAAUCGAAGCCUGUCCUGACGGCUUUGAUGUAGGAGAAUUCGCAGUUCAAACCUGCUUUCAAGGAAGACAUGGAGAGGAAAUAGGAAGUGAUCAAUUUGGUGGACAAAUCAUGUUGCAUCAACCAUCUUUGAAUGACAAAGCUAUUCUGACCAGAAUCUCUCAUGUUGAAUUAACAUAUAUGGGUCAAGCAUUUAGAUUGGGUAGAUAUCCCAUUCACUUUCAUUUGAACGGCGAUAUGGAAGGUUCAUACGUAAGGGGCUGCGCUAUCCACAAGACGUUCAAUAGAGCUGUUAAUAUUCACAAUACUCACAAUGUUCUCAUCGAACACAAUAUCAUCUACAAUAUUAUGGGUGGAGCUUUCUUCUUGGAAGAUUCUAUCGAAACCGGCAAUAUACUUCAAUAUAAUUUAGCUUUAUUUGUUCGAUCUUCCUCUUCCCUCUUAAACGAUGAUGUAUCAGCAGCUGCAUUCUGGAUUACCCAUCCAAAUAAUAUUGUUCAACAUAACCAUGUUGCUGGAGGAACUCAUUUUGGUUUUUGGUACAGAAUGUUAGAACACCCUCAAGGUCCAAGCUUCGAUCUCAAUAUUUGCCCUAGAAAUGCUCCUAUGGGUGUCUUCUCCAACAAUACUGUUCAUUCGUGUGGAUGGUAUGGCCUUUGGAUUUUUGAGGAUUAUCAUCCAACACUCAGUGGUAAAUGCAAAGAUAAAGAAGCAUCGCCAGCUAUUUUCAAGAAGCUGACUGCCUACAAUAAUUUCAGAGGCGCAGAAUGGGUACAUUGCGGAGCCAUGCAAUUUCAAGACUUUGUAGUGGCGAAUAACUAUAUGGCUGGUGUUGAAAUGUACUUUAUAAUAAGAAAAACCGAAUUUCCUUACUACUCAGAAAAGGGUGCUUUGCUGAAAGAUCUUACUGUGAUAGGACAUUUGAAUUCUGACGAGCGCCCUCCUUGCACAAAACGUGGUAUCGUUCUACCUUUUGACAAUGGCCUGUUGAUCGAUGGGGUUAAAUUUAUUAACUUUGAUGGAGAGAAGAAUGGUCUUAAAACAUGCUCCGCUCUUGGAACUGUAAAAAUUAUUUGCGUCUGUUCGGAAUUAUGUGCUGGUUUCAAUUACAAAUUCAAGCGUGUUGAAUGGCAUUCAUGUAUUAGUAGAGCUGAUUUUGAAUGGGAGCAUCAAGCUGAAUUUGAAGAUAUUGACGGAACUUUAACUGGUCUUGGUGCUGGAUCAAGAGCAAUGUCCUUUUCUCAUUUAAUGCCAAAGAUCUGUAUCUACGGAACUCACGGAGUGGAAGUUAAGAAUAACGUUGUUCACCGUACAGUUGGUACCUCUAUCGUGACCAAUGGCAAAGGAAAUAAAAUUGAAAAUAACUUGAUCACUCUGAAUAUUUUCCCUGGUACAUACGGAUCCAGAGCAGAACUUGGCAACUAUGAAUUCUUUGCUUCAAUUGAAAUCCAAAAUGGUACAGACACUGUUUUGAAAGAUAACGUUGUUGCUGGAAGUGAAAGAGUUGGCUACAGACUAGAUGGAGAUUCGUGUGAUUCUAGUAAAACAUCCCUUAUUUCAAAUAACGAGGCUCAUGGUGUUCUAAAUGGUAUCUGGUUAAUGCCUGAAGAUUGUAGAUUGGCCGAGAGUUGCUCAAAAUUUCAAGGAUUUAAAAUCUCAAAAGCUUGGUUUUUUGGCAUUUACGUUCAAGUUCCUUGUAGCGUUGAAUUCGAUAACAUGAUUUUAGUUGACAAUACAGUUGGUAUUUUCCCUAUGAUAAUCUAUCCUUCCGCUGUUCACCAUGAAUUUGAGCAAAAGUAUGCUAAAUUUACAAACUCCUUAGUAGUUGGAACAAAUCCACAAUUUGAUUGUGAAAAUGAUUUGAUGUCUGCAAAUGAUAAGAGUAUUCAAGCUGCAAUACUAGGAGAAGCUUGGUUUACAAAAAGUUAUGGACUUGGUAGGACUGGUAUUAGUUGGCCUUUAUUUUCUUCCAAGCCAAAUGGAGCACCAUUGAAACCGCAUAAGUUUGCUAAGAAGGAACCUGCAGGAUACGGAAUAUUCCGUGUACAAAAUAUUAUACUGGCCCAUUUUAAGACGUCUUGCUCUAAGGCGGUAGACAAAGCUUUCAGUACCAAUCCCUCGGUUCCAGAUAUGGCUCAUCCAAUUCAUGCAUCAGAUAUUUCAAAAUUUGAUGUUCAAGAAAAUGCUCUUUUUAAUAUGCAUAGGCCAAACUUGAAAUAUGUCAAUGGAGGCGAUUGUGUAGAUAUGGAUUGUGAUGGUAUGAAGAAAGCUCUUCUUAAAGACUUGGAUGGAAGUAUUUUAGGAGAUCAAGGCGCUGUCAUACCUGAAUCCGAGUUCGAAUGGAACGGCGAUGCAAGAAGAGGGUUAGGGGAUUAUAGAAUUCCUAAAACAAUGCAAGUAACUAGAGAUGGACAGAGGAAAGAUAUUGAUGAAGUUCGCCCUCACAAAGGCAUUAUACGAAAUGACAAAUGUACAUUUGUAACAGACUGGACAGCCUAUAAAUGUUUCGGCUUAGAUUACGAGCUACUCCUUAUAGAAUCAUUAGAUCCUGACUAUGAAGAACGAAGAUUAUCACCAGUAGCCAUACGAUCUGACACUGGAUAUUUAGAUUUGAAUAAUGGUCCAAGAGACGUUGGUAUAUGCCAUGGUUAUACAUGCAGGAAGCGUAUCUCUCUCUUUUUUAAUCUUGUGGCAACUUCCCAUCACUACGAUGUCCAUUUUACAUCAACAACGCCACAAAAAUUGAGGUUACAUUUACCCAAUGCAAAUGGAAAUCAAGCAGUACGAAUAGCUAUAUAUUGGGGUUUACAACAGCCAGUACAUGCUUAUGUAGAUAAUAAAAUAAUUCUAGCUAAGAACGAAGCUCAAGAGAACGAUAGGGUAAUUUACAAGAAAACUAGUGGUCUUCAAUUACCAAGUCUAGAUGAUUCAGCUGGGGCUAACUUUUUUGACGUUAAAGAAAGAACUAUAUACGUGAUCGUAAGAGGAGGAAAAACUGUCGAACUUAGACUAAAGACUGAUUCUGUUGUUUUGAAAUUAGGCCUAAAGUCUAUAACGGUUGAAGAAUUCUAUGGAAAGAAUGUGGCAGAAUACUUGCGAAUUUUCCUUGGAUUGGAUGCAUCUCAAGUAAAACUUAUGAAUGUUGUCGCAGACGACACUCAAGCUGUAGGAAAACGACGCAAACGUUCAACAUCUAAUGUUGAAGCCACUAUUGAAAUUGGAAAUCAUGAACUAGAUUCCAAAACGCAAAUACUUACAUACGAUAAUUUGAAAGGUAUUGUUGAUAAGUUAAAAUCUGGACUUCAGAGUGGUCAAGUAUCUGACGAUUUGAAACUUGAUAUUUCCUCAAUUUACAUUAAUCAAGCUGUGCCUCCUGCUGAUGAUCCUAAAUGGGAAUCCUAUAUUACAAAAAUGUCCAAUGGUAACACUGUAUCUGAGACGAUACAAACGGCCAACAAACUUGUACUAGCAGUGACUCCAACUGUCAGACACGAAGGUACGAAAUUUACAACUCAACCUGCAAUAAGGAUAGAAGAUGCAUUAAAUAGACCUGCAUUGGGUCUUCAAUCUUCAUCUGGCGGUUAUUGGAAGGUUAAAGCCGUCUUGAAACAAAAUGCCGGUUCUGAUUCCAGAGCUAAGUUAAUUGGUUCAACUAUUGUUAAUGUUCACAGUGGCUGGGCCAAUUUUAGCGAUUUGGGAAUUUCUCAUUCAGGUUCUAAUUAUCAAAUCUUAUUCAGCGUCUAUGAUCCAACAAAUUUCAAGGCAACAGUUCAAACUGGAGGUUUAACAGUUAAACCACGACCAUUGACUGUUGGCCAUACACAUCCUCAAACAGUUGUAGUAGGCGAACCACUUAAAAUGAAACUUUUCCUUACCGAUGCUAUUACAAAUGAGGUUAUUAGUGAUAUUUCAUGGAGAGGAAUCUCAUGGAAGUGCCAUGUUAAGAGUCAUUCAAUAAUUAAAAACCCAUCUAUUCUACCCGAACACAACGAAACCUUUUUGACACAUAUCGGUUACGUUAAUAGGGAAUUGAGUUUUGAAAAACCAGGAAGACAUUUACUUAAACUUCUUAUGAUCUCAAAUCACGCUGAUUACAUAGCAGAGAACUAUACAGUUAUCAAUGUGAUGCCAAAAGAUUACAUUGAACCAACUGGACCAGCAAAUAAAACCAUUAAGUUAAAAUUUGACGAGGACUUUCAAGAGUAUGAACCGAAAUUCCCAUUCUUUGAAACAGCUUUGUACAACGAUUUGUGGACAAAGACAAAGGUUGUAAAGAUUGGAAAAAUGAAUUUCAAGAAUGGAAGUAUCAUAGCCUCAUUCCACAUGACAGGAACUGAAGAUGAUGUUAAAAAUUCAUUAUCAAAAAUAGCUGACUACGUUGAAGAUGGUUGCCAUUUGUACUUUGAAUCUCGAAUAUUGAAAUGUGAAAGAUAUAUGUACGUAGAUGGAUCUGCUUACGAAGGUUUGGAUGGAAGCGAAGAGUUCAACUGGAAAUUGUAUGUUUUGCUGCCAGUUUUGCUUAGCGUUUUUGCACUCGCUGUGCUAAUUAUUGCAGUUAUUGUAAUUAUAAAAAUGAGCAAAGUAUCAAAGAGAUUUCACUCUGCCACUAAACUUGUACCGGAAAGUAUUUCUCCCGAAUACUCCAGACAAACCACCACAGUGAGCACAAAAACAAGUUCGACUGAUAGGCCACUAUCUCGACAAGAUAUAGCAGCUAGACUUACACCAAGAAUUACGGACGCCUGGACUGAAAAAGCUUGA